AUGAAAACAAUCAUUGCAGCCUGUUCCCAAAAUCUGAGCGGCAGCCGCGCCAGCCUCCCGGCCGCCCUGCGCACCCUGCUCGCCGUGCCCUGGCCCUCGCAGCGGGACGUGCGCGCCUGGCUCCAGCUCCUCGCCGUGCUCCAGUGGGUGCUCAGCUUCCUGCUGCUGGGCACCGUCAGCCUGCUGCUGCUCAUCUACCUGGUCUUCACCAAAUUCUGGCCCAUCUCCGCGCUCUACCUGGCCUGGGUCAUCUUUGACUGGGACACGCCGGAGAAAGGUGGCAGGAGGCUGCCGUGCUUGCGGAGAUGGCCCGUGUGGAGGCACUUUCGGGACUAUUUCCCCGUGAAGCUGGUGAAGACGCACGACCUGUCCCCCAGCCACAACUACAUCAUCGGCUCCCACCCCCACGGCAUCCUCUGCGUCGGCGCCUUCUGCAACUUCAUCACGGGCUCCACCGGCUUCGCGGAGAUGUUCCCGGGCAUCCGGCCCUUCCUCACCACCCUGGCUGGAAAUUUCCGCCUGCCCCUCUUCAGGGAGUACCUGAUGAGCGGGGGCCUGUGCCCCGUGACGCGCCGUGCCAUCGGGUACCUGCUCUCCAAGAACGGCACCGGCAACGCCGUGGCCAUUGUCAUCGGCGGCGCAGCCGAGUCGCUCUCCUGCCGCCCCGGCAUCACCACGCUCAUCCUGAAGAACCGCAAGGGCUUCGUCCGCAUGGCCCUGCAGCACGGGGCCUACCUCGUCCCCUCCUUCUCCUUCGGGGAGAACGACCUGUUCCGCCAGGUGGUCUUUGAGGAGGGCAGCUGGAUGAGGAGCAUCCAGCAGCGCUUCCAGAAGAUGAUGGGCUUUGCCCCCUGCGUCUUCUACGGCAGGGGCCUCACCUCCGUGCGGUCCCGGGGCUUCCUGCCCUACGCCAGGCCCAUCACCACCGUGGUGGGGGAGCCGGUGAUGGUGCCCAAGAUCGAGGACCCGAGCCACGAGACGGUGGACAUGUACCACGAGAUGUACGUCCGAUCCCUGCUCAAGCUCUUCAACGAGAACAAGACCAAGUACGGGUUGUCGGAGGCGGACGAGCUGCGCAUCGUGUGAGCGCGGCGGGCGCCGGCGGGUGGGGGUCUCAGCCCGCCCGGCGCGGGGGACACGCGGGAACGCGGGGCUGCUGCGUGGCCCUGCGGCUCCCCCUCCUCCUCUUCCUCCCGUGGCACCCGAAGGCUGGUGAGGACCCGUGGGGGUGCCAGCCAGCAGUGGGCACGGUCCCCCCCAAGCUGACCAGGAGGCUGUGAGCAGAGGGAGGGGACGGGGUGUCGUGAGGAAGAGGAAGGAGGUCACAGGGGUGGCAUCCCCGUGGUGGGCAGGACCAGGCUGGGGAGAUGUCCCCCCGUGGAGUGGGGGAACACCCAGGCUUGGGCACCGGUGACAGUGACCUCGGCACGGCUGGGUGCGUUCCCUAAUACAAAUUUCCACCCCCCUCCCUGCGUCCUGCUGGUGCUGGGGGUGCCGGAUCGGUCAGGGCACAGCAUUGGGAUAUGAGGGCAUUAAGGAUGGGGCUUUGUGGUACUGGAGGCGCCAAGGUCACAGCUUGGGGGGGAACACCCUGAUGAUGCUCGGGGCUCCCUUUCCCAUGCUUGGGGAGGACCGGGGGGGCCAUGGGAGGGCAGGGACA